AAGGCCUAUAAAUCUCCCAACACUCGUUGCUUUGGAAAUGUUCCAUCCAGUGCAGAGGAGCUGAGAAACUGGGAAUAAGUUAUUCCAAACUAGCAACCAUGCUAAACAUAGGCUGUGUUGGAAUCAUCUUGGCCAUCUUUUGUUUGGUGGGUUCGGCUCAAGCUGAUCUGAAAAUUGGUUUUUAUGAUCAGAGCUGCCCAAAAGCUGAGAAGAUUGUAUCAGACUUUGUCAAUAAGCAUAUCCAUAAUGCUCCAUCUCUGGCAGCCACUAUUAUAAGAAUGCACUUCCAUGACUGCUUUGUGAGGGGUUGUGAUGCAUCGAUACUUAUCAAUUCCACUUCGAGCAACCAAGCUGAAAAGGCCGCUGUGCCAAAUCAGACGCUCCGAGGCUUUGGCUUCAUUGACAGUGUAAAAAGCUUGCUGGAAGCUGAGUGCCCUGGUGUUGUAUCCUGUGCUGAUGUUAUUGCUUUGGUUGCAAGAGACUCAAUUGUGGCAACAGGAGGACCCUCUUGGAAAGUUCCAACAGGAAGAAGAGAUGGUGUUAUCUCAAAUGCUUCAGAGGCUCAAUCCCAAAUUCCUGCUCCAACUAGCAACUUCACCACACUCCAAACCUUAUUUGCUAACAAGGGACUCGAUUUGAAAGAUCUUGUUCUGCUUUCUGGGGCACACACAAUUGGUAUUGCUCACUGUCCUUCUUUCUCCAACCGCCUCUACAAUUUCACAGGGGUGGGUGAUCAAGAUCCAGCUCUGGAUAGUGAGUACGCUGCAAAUCUAAAGGCAAAGAAAUGCAAGACAUCUACUGAUAAUACUACCAUCGUUGAAAUGGAUCCAGGGAGUUUCAGAACCUUUGAUCUCAGCUAUUACAGACUUCUACUCAAGAGACGAGGUCUAUUUCAAUCCGAUUCUGCACUGACUACAAACUCCACUACAUUAUCUUUCAUCAACCAACUUGUUCAGGGAACACUUGAGAACUUCUACACAGAAUUCGCCAAGUCCAUGGAGAAGAUGGGUCAGGUUGAUGUUAAGACAGGAUCUUCGGGUGAGAUAAGGAAGCAGUGUUGGAAGGUGAAUAGCUAGGCUCUGGUUUUGCUUCAGUCACAUUCAGUGUCCUUGUGUUUUGUUAUGAUGAACAUGUCAAAAUAAUUGUUACGUUCCUUUAUUUUGCUUAUGUGAAUGUGGUGGUCUUCAAGUGAUUAUGUUCUUGACCAGUGUAGAAUUGAAUUUUCUGGGGAAAAAUGGAGUUUCCAUACUUCCAUUUUCAUAUUAAUAUAAUUGAAGAAUAAAACACCUCUGUAAGAGCUAUCAUAUUUGAAUUUACAGUUUCCACUUUCCAUC